CCUCACUUCCAUUCUUAAAUUCCCUAAUAAAAAGGGAACAACAGCGAAAAUCCUCUCUGCUCAGAUCUCGCCGGCUGGCCGGAUUCCACCACCACCAGCGCGACGGAAUGGCAGCCUUCGGCGGCGGAAUUCCCCAUGGAAAGAGGCGGAGAGUGAUUGCCGAGCUUCGGAAGGGGAAGGAUAUCGCCGUCCGCCUGAAAACCCUAAUUCAAAACCCUAGCCGACUCAUUUCCGCCAAGGAACUCUCCGUUCAGAUCCUCAAUUCGUUCAAUUCCGUUCUCUCUGAGCUCAACUCCUGCUCCGACGACGCGGCGCACCUCGCCGCCGUUGACUCCGGCGGCUCCUCCUCCUCCUCCUCCUCCCCGGCGGAGGACGGCAAGCGGAAGAAGCUUGCGGUCAAAGAUCGAAGGGGCUGCUACAAGCGGCGAAAGAGCUCGGAAUCAUGGGUUAAGGAAUCCCCAACUACAGAAGAUGGAUACGCCUGGAGAAAAUAUGGCCAAAAAAUAAUCUUGAACUCAAAAUAUCCAAGGUGCUAUUACAGGUGUACCCACAAGUACGAGGAGGGUGGGUGCAAGGCAAUCAAGCAAGUGCAGAUAACAGAGGAAAACCCUAUCACAUACAAAACAACAUAUUUCAAUCACCACACCUGCAGCAGCCAAAUUAGGGUUUCAUCAAUAUCCGACGAUUUCAUUAAUCCAUUGGACAUUAUAAAUAAUCCUCGUCCUCGUUACGGCAAGCUCAUUAGUUUCCAAGCCGAGGAAGAUUCUAGUCUGGACAGCUGUCGAUCCGACGUUUUCGUCGUCGAAGAAAAAUCGAAAGAAUUAUUAGAGCCUGCCUGCAGCUUCUCCGACGAAAUGAGAUCGAUUCACGACGACGACAAUGACUAUCCGUGGCGGGAGAUCUCGGAGCUGCCGGCGCCGGAGGAUUACCCGCCGGAGUGGCCGAGCUGCUCCGGCAAUUCGACGAGCUUGUGUGGGAUUGAAUAUGGCGAGGUCGAUCCUAUUGGAGAUUUGUACAGCAGUUUCAUAUACUUUGAUGGCGAUGACAUAAUUGGAUGAUAUAUAUAUAUAUAUAGAGAGAGAGAGAGGGAGAGAGAUUACAUAUAUACAUAUGUAUUAGUGUAUAUAUACAUAUAUAUUUAUAUAUAUAUGUAUUGGAGAUGAGGGUUUGAUUCGAUUUCUAGGGUUGUCUCGUGUACAUGGAGUUGUUUCUGUAAUAAUAAAGGUUCUGUCUCUUUAUA